AUGCAAACGGAGACUGUCACGUUUGGUGUGUAUACCAUCUAUCCUUCCGUUAACAUCCGAAAAGAUGUUUGGUGUGACCUACAUACACAAGAGGGUCGAUGGACAGUAUUCCAACAAAGGAAAGACGGUUCUGUGUUUUUCGAUCGAAGAUGGUCGGACUAUGAAAAUGGCUUUGGUGACCCUAAAACAGAAUACUGGAUAGGGAAUGAGGCUUUGUACCAUUUGACACUUUCGAGAAGAAAUGAAUUGCUAAUUCUGAUGCAGAGCUGGGAUGGUGUAUGGAAGCAUGCAUAUUAUGCCGACUUUCAUAUCGGUCCUAAGAACGACAAUUAUCGAUUGUACUUAUCUGGAUACAAUGGCUCAGCAGGUGACAGUCUGUUCAAGCAAGUAGGAUAUCAAUUUAGUACACUAGGUACAGAUAAUGACGGCUUGCGAGGAAGUUGUAAUCCGAAAUUCCAUAAGGGAGGUUUUUGGUUUAAUAACUGCUGCUACUCUGACCUGAAUGGAUAUUAUUAUAACAGUUCUGGGGUUGUUUCCACCGAUUCAUGUCACUGGUUAACAUUUACAGGCUCUCGAGAGUCUUUGAAAACCAUUUAUAUGAUGGUUCGAUAAUUUGGUAAGAACUACGAUUAUUACAAGUGGCAUAGCGAUGAGAAGAUAUUUGAUGAAAAAUGUAUGCAACUAUAUUAUCAAUUA